AUGGAGCUCUACGGGGACGCGCUUACCUCCAGGCCCUGUAACGCCGCCACGUUCCUCAAUGCGGGGAAUACCUUGAUGAUGAUGAAUCGCACGGCAGACGCCGCUCGGAGCUACCGAGCAGCUCUGCGCCUGCAUCCUUCGCUCACCGACGCCAAAUGUAACCUGAUGAUGGCUACAGGACCUAGAAGACAGAGGGGAGAGCAUGGAGGAGCAGGAGGAGCAGCAGGAGCAGCAGGAGCAGCAGGAGCAGCAGGAGCAGCAGGAGCAGCAGGAGCAGCAGGAGCAGCAGGAGAGAGGUUGUCAGCAUGUUACGCGCAUGAAGCCAGCAAGUCGGUGGAGCAGGAGACUGUUAAGAUGUAUUCGAGCGAUCAGGUUGACAGGAGGUCAACUCCGAUGAGGCCGAGGGCAAGGACGGAGACGAUCGCUCCAUCCUCCUUGCCGAGGAUCUGGCAGGAAGUUGUCAAGUCGCAGUCAGGAGGGAACGUCUCACAGGGCGCAUGUGCUUGCGACUGGACAGCGGGAGGACGAGAUUCUGUGGAAGCGCGUGCGCAGGAGCUAUACCGACGGUACCGAUUCAAGGAGACGGUGGACUACAUUCGCUGCUGUCUUAGCCGACUUGACGGGGAGAUGGAGGAGAGAAGAGGCGGGAGGGAAGCAGCCAAACGAUCCUUUCAGUUCGACCCGUGCAAAGUUGGAUGGGCUGAAAGGCUUCCGAGCCCCGAGGUGCCAGCAAGUGACUUGAGCAAGAGCUUGUCCCUCUCGCUCCUGUGCGUCUUGGUGUCCAGCCUGCACCAGCUGUGCUCCCUUGACUUCUCCUGGCAAGAGGAAGAGAAGAGGCAAGGCGGUCUGAGCAGCCAUCAUGUCCUGCUCGGAGGCUUCAGCGCUCUGCUCACCAUGAAUCUCGAUCGCUUCCUCUCGAGCCCUUCAGGAUUGGAUCAAGGCACCCACGCCGACAUCAAGCAGUGCAUCUGCGUUACCCCCCUCCUCUCACUCUUCUAUCCUCUCUCCGAGCCUGCGAUCGCCGAUCUUGCCCGGUUUCACUUCUCCACCGUGAAGCAGCGAGCAUGGCGAACCCUUCAGCAAGGCCAGCCGAGUCCUCUCCUCCUCCAUCACGUCACUCAGCCGCUCUCUGGGACCACCCUCAUCGUCGGUUUCCUCUCGCAAGACUUCACAGGCAACUCGGGCGAGUUCAUCGACCUCGACGGCCUCGAGCUGUCGUCCGCCUCCUCCUUGCUCAACAGGAAAAGUCUUCAUGUCCUCGUCGACGUCCAGGGGUGGAACGACGGCGGCAGCAUCGCCCUCCUCGCGUCUCGCCCGGCCCCGCUGCAGAUCUCUUUCAAGAACUUCGUUGGCACAUUAGGCGACCAUGAUGUUGUACCCUGGAUCAUCUCAGGCACCUACUACGGGGCAGGUCACCACAAGCUCGCUCCCUUCACUCACUCCGAUGUCUCUGAGCUCAACCACGAGGAGCUUCUCCAUCGUUCCCCAGCUCGUCUCUCCGUCCUCCACCAGCAUGGCGUCGUCCUUCCCAGCUCUGGUUUCAUCUUUGGGGCGUUUUCUAACCUCGGCAAGGUGCAUGUGAGGCUGUGGCAGUCUUGGUGCAGAAUUUUACAAGCAGUGAACCAAUCCCAUCUCUGGAUCAUCGCGGAGCCUCCUUUCGGCGUCGACAACCUCAUCGAAGCUGCGCGAGGGUUCGGCGUAGAGGAGAGGAUCGUCGCUACCAGCAGGAUCCGAGUGGUCGACCAUGCGAGCGUCAAGCACGCAGCUGGCGUCUACCUGGACUCUCGCCCCUUCAACGGUCACAGCACAGUCGUGGAGGCGCUCUGGGGGGGCAUUCCGGUCCUGACCCUCCCUGUGGAGAGGAUGGCAGGUCGAGUCGCCGCCAGCGUCCUGCAUGCUGUUGGGCUGGGGAGACACUUGACAGUGAGAGACGGAGGAGACUACGAGGCUCUAGCGAUCAAGCUGGCAUCUGGGGCAAAGACUGGAAGUAGGGGAGCAAGAGUGCGAGUAGAUGAGAGAGGUUCGCUAGAGGAGGCGGAGGAGGCGGAGGACGUGGUGCAGUUCAGGAGACGCCUUGCAGCGAGCAGAGGUCGGUCGAUCCUGUUCGACAUCAACAAGUGGUCGUUGGGCUUCGAGACGUCUCUCCGUCUAGCAUGGGAGGUCGUGGCGCAGCAGCAGCAGCAGCAGCAGCAGCAUGCUCAGCGCCCCCACAUCAUCUGCACUUGA